UGAUGAUUAUUAGAAAAUAUUCACUAUUCAUACAUCUAGAAGUAAUUAUUUUGGAGGUCUUGAAGCUUAUAUAUACGAUUAGUAAUUAUAUUAUCGUGUUCUGUACUCUAAAUAUACUCCCCCUACUGAGAAAACAAAAGGGAUUUUAUUAGGUUAGUUUAAUUUAAAUUAAUGGUAUUUUUUAGCUCUUGAUCAUGAAGGGCCUAAAUCUUUUGGAAGAACAAGUACUUUAAAGAUUUUAAUAGAUGAUAAUGAGCCGAUUAUUUUUAGUUUAGAAUUCCCUAAAAUAAUGGUAAAUACAGGUAUAGAUUAAUUUACUAUUGGUUAAAAUUUUAUUGGAGAAAUAUCAUCUUUUUUAUUUUUACUAAUUAAGUGGGAAUUUCUUGUCUUUAAUAAAUUUACUAAAGCCAUAGAUAUGGAUUUAUUAAUGAUAAUUAUAUUAAUUUAAGUUUUUAGACUGAAUAUAUAUUGAUUUCACCUUUAUAU